AUGCCAGUGAUGCCUUCUGGUUACUGGCAGGAGAUGUCAGCUCUGAAUAGAGAAUCUCAAUCCGUUUUGACGCAAAAUGAAAGCUUGCAGAACAGACUAAAAGACUUGAACCAGCAAAUGAACGCUAAGGAUACGGAGCUGUACAACCUUGGAACACGACUAGAGAACUUGGAUAUCUUUGAGCAGCAUCUGACCUCUUUGAAUCUUCGAUGCGAGUUUUUGGAUAAGCAAGUUACAAACUUGGAGAGCAAGCAAAAGGUUUCUCCGCCACUCUUCAACACCAACUUGCAUUUGGCCAAGAUGAGAGCAACCCCUGGACUAAAAGGAUUUAAGGAUCGCUCAUGCUUGAAUAUAGAGUGGAGGACAACGGAAACUACUUUUGAAAACCUCUGUACCGAGUUCAAAUAUCUUAAAGAACAACUCACUAUCGCCAACAAUCAUAUCCAGCUCGAUUCUUCUCACGAUGACUCUCUCCUCUCGCAUUCCUCCACAAACAGGUCUACUUCUUUAUUUUCUGAAACCGAAAUACCUUCAAUGGACGAUGCCUGUAGCUCUCUAGUUAUAUCUACCUCAAAGGAAGAUCAAUUUACAUCCAAUUUUGCAAACACCGAUCUUAACCCACAGGCAAAGAAGAAAAAGCUGUUGAAAAUGGAAAGUUUUCUCAACUUUGCUGAAACAGAGAACAAUAACAAAGAAACCAAUAAAGAAAAAGAAUCACACAAUAUUGGCCCUCUGAGAGGGUUCAAUAUCAAUACCAUCCAUGACAAUCCACUAUUUGAAAGCAACUCUUUGACACACUUAGACGGAGAAGAGAAUAUACCAAAGCCAGAAUUACCUUUGGGGAGGAAGGCGCCUACAAAGCCUAUUAAGAAGAAACUCGAAUUAAUAAGUCUGCCAUGCAUCACUGAGGAAAAUCAAAGUUUGUGUGAGGUUAACAAUUGUGUUGAUCAAGAAAAUAUAACCUUUGAGCAUCACAAUCCUGUUCUUAACAAAAACAAUGGUUACAAGGAGAUUUCCAUCUUACACGACCAAAAAUCACACCGGCGCCACUCAUCACUUCCUGAGACAUCCUCAUUAGAUGGAAAUAACUUAAUUCUAGCUUCUGAUGAAUCAAUAAGGCAUUUUAUGUCACACGAAACAGGUCUAAACUCUAAAUAUGCUAAUCAUAAAAAAUUUAACAUUAGUGACUUUUUGUUCGUGAAACCAAAUGAGCCACGCGAUAAGUCCGGGCCAAACACUAUGGACCAACUGGAGUUACGAGAUCCAUGCAUAAUAUCUUCAUCACCAUUUUCAACUUUUAAAGCGAGCUACAUUGAUGAUGAAUCAUUUUAUGGCGGAUCAGAGGAUAACAAUAAAUUUAGUACUCAAUGCGUCAAUUCCCAUCACAUUGACUCUGAUUCUGAUUCUGACGAAAGUUAUGGAGAUGAAAAUGCUACUCCCUUAAUACUGAAAAAAGAAUCAAGAUUGUCACUUUACAAAUGCAAGUCCCACGAAAGUAUUUUUUCUGCAAUGACGAAACAUACCAAAGAUUUCCCAAUGAGGGAACGAAAUUUGGACUUGAAAGCUCAAACUAUGAAAUGGUUGAAACCGAACAAUCCAACAGUGUCAUUUUCCACUCAGCCAUUCAUUACUUCAAACAACGUUGCAUUCAAAAACAAUGCACACGAUGAUAUCAUAAAUAUUUUACAUUCUGGUGCCAACCUAGGCACCGAAUUGGAUCCACAAACCCCAACUGGAAUUCGAUCCGAAUCUCCUGAAAAAUCCAUACCCAGCAACACAUUCUCAAGUCCAAUGCCAAUUAAAUCCAUUGGAUCUGAAGAAUUUAACAAUAACAGUGAUGGUAUUUCAUCCUGGUUUUCAAAUUUUAUCCCAAACUCUGCUUUUACAAAUCCCGAAGUAGGGAAAUUGAUAGGUCAACCGUCUGCAAAAAGUCUUGAUGUUAAAGGUGGCUUGAGCCGAUCACGUGGCAAACCAACCUCUUUCACAUUGACCCCCAUCAACUUCAGAAAAGUUAGGGCAAACAUCAACGGACCUUCAUCUUCACUAAUAAUCAACAAAAAUGGGGAAAGAAUCAUCAGCCAUGGUUACGGUUCAAGCUUCAACAACAGCGUCAUUAGUUCCCGUAUCAGCCAUGGCGCCUUGAGAGAUGCUCUAGAGUCCGAAAUAAUAUGA